AACACCCUUGGAAAUUCUAUAGGUUAAACUCGAGAAGGAGCAUGCACAACUUCACAAAAAAUUCAGCAGAAUUGUUACUGAGAAUGAAACCAGGAAAGCACAGUGUUUGGAUUUGGAGGAGAUAAAUAAUGAUUUGAAGCAACAAACUAUCAAGAUAGCAGGAGAUCUAGAACACGCUGCUGAAGAAGAAGAACGCCUAAUGACGGAAGUGGGAAACUUGAAAACUCAGCUGGAAGCAGAGAUGUCAGAGAAGGAUAAACUUGCAGUUAAGAUUCAGGACAAAGAUAAGGAGUUGGACAUUUUAGGACAACAGAGCAAUGAAACCAAUUCAACACUAAUGAUGAAUCUUAAUGACAAGCAAAAGGAAAUGGAAAAUCUGGAGAGCAAGAUUGCUGAUUUAACUGGAGACUACACGAAUGCAUCUACCAAAGUCAAGGGGCUUGAGCUCGAGAAUGGAAGCUUGACAAUGAAUCUCAAUGGUCAGCAAACUCGGAUUGAAAAUCUAGAAAGCAAGCUUGCUGACUUAACUGGGGAUUACGCAAAUGCCACGACCAAAGUCAAGGAGCUUGAGAUUGAGGGAGAGAAAAUGCAGCGAAAAAAUGAAGGAGUAAAGGCAGAUAUAGCCAAAAUGGAGUUGAACUGUGACGUCAGAAUUGCUGACAUGAUUGCUCUCUUAGAUAAACACAAGUUGAGAGAUGAGAAAAAACUCGAAAUAAAAUGCAAGGAAGUGAAAGACAUGGCCAAAAAACUUGAAGAAUGCAAGCAAAAGGAGCUCGCUAAUACAGGUCAGAUAAAGAACAUGCAGCUGAAGCUGAAGGAAGCUGAGCAAAAAGAAUUAGAGAGCAAAGGCUUGAAGGAGAAAUGUGAACAGCUUGAAAAAUGUGCUGAAAGGGUUAAACAGCUCGAAGGGGAUGUGGCAGUAAGAGACCAAGAAAUGAAAGAAUUGCUACAAGCUGUGAAGAACAUGGAGCAGCGAAGGGUUGUGGAACCAGUCACUCCUGUGGCACAGACACCAAAGCGAGUAUCACUCCCUCCAACAAGGAGAAAAACACCGCAGACACCCAAAACGCCAGUGAGAGACCAAGAAAAGAUGACGCAGAUGAAGACAACGAUGAGUACGCCACUAGCAGGAAUACUAAAGAAUCGCAGCUCGUCGAUAACUAGGAAACGAUCCGUAGUCUUUAGCGAAAUGGACGGUGCCGACUCCUCCGCAUCUGAACAUAUGGAGGUUGACUACAAGGAAAUACAAGCACGCUUCCAGGUCAUGCAGAAAGGGUCUGCAAGUGGAUCAGUCAGGAAGACUGGCUUCGCCUAUACAAGGGUCCCAUCCACACCCCAGGCUAUGGCAAGAGAAUCUACUGCAAAGCAGCAGCAGCAGCAGAAAAAGAUGAAGGUAUCAGAAGAGGAGUCGAAGCAAUUUGAUACCAUCUUCUUCCCCAAAGAGAACAACGGUGCAAAUAUUAACAUAAAGCAGCAGGAACAAAUUGCUGUAAACCAACAGAAAACAAACAACAAGUUCGUCAAGAAUUCGUGCAAAGACAGACGCAGAGACUUUGAGAAGAAGGGGGAAAUUAAAAAGGCAGAUCUGGCCUGGUUUGAAACGCAGGACAUGUUUGGAUUUGAGGCUGAAGACUGAACAUGCAUGAUUCCCAUAAAUAAUUAAAGGUGACAGCAGACAGUCGUGUCUCAGUAAUGAUGAUGAGUGAAAGACAUCUAUCAAUUCCAGUUUUUAAGUUUCCCUAAAUUACUGUUACUGUCACUCGGAGAGUGAGCAUUGUGAAGUAACAAUUAGCUUCUACACUUAAGGUUGCCCAUAUUUUAAAUAAUUGUUUCUUUACGGCAGGCCUCUGGUAAUUGAAACCUAGUGAGUCAAAAACACACACACUAUCAUAUUUAUAGAUAUGUUCAUAGUAAGUAAAACCAGUUCUCUGAAUAUUCUUUUUCCACACCAAAAAAAUUAACUCUUGUAUAUUACCUUUAAAUUAUUUGUAAUUUUGUGACAGUAAUUAAUAUUUAUAUUAACAUUAAUAAUUAUAUUGUAGAUGAUUUAAUAACUUCAAUGUUAAAGCAAUUAUUUAAUUAAAAUGACAUCGGUCUCUAAUAAAUAUGUUACUUGUACAUUUUAGUGAUCUAUAUUGUUUAACACUUGUGAUUUAGGUUUAUAUAAUAGAUAUUACUGUAUGUAUCUCAUAUAUAACCAAUUGUUAUGCUAGUAAACUGUUGGAUAUUGUGCAUAACCCUUUAAGUGUAAUGACUGUGUGCACAUAAAA